CUCAAGUUUCAAAGGUUCAAAUAACAGCAACAAAGCCAUCACCUGUAAUUAUCCUAACUUUGUGUGAAGUGGAGAUUUUUGGUGGUAAGUUUUAAGUAAAAAAAUGACAAGUAUCUUUAUAUCAGCCUUAAAAUUAAAUAUGGCAUAUUAUUUAUAAUAUUAAAACACAGAUUAGACCAAUUGUUAGUGGAAGAUAUAGGCGUCAAAAAUUUACGAUAAAAAGCUCCGUGUGACUGUGUUUGUUAAUUAGUUAGUUUGCUCGUUUGUAGAUAUGUUGAUCAAUCACAUGAAAACCAAACAAUGAAAAGCAACCAACAUUUGCAUGGCCAUUUCUCCUACCUACAGAUGGUUCCUGCACAGUUUGGCAAUAGUUCCGUUACCGUUAUAUAAUUUAACAUAUUUAAUGUAGCAGGUUCUCAAAUGCAUUUUCCUUUUAACUGCCUAAGCCAUAACAGAAGGAUUUGUUUAAAAUGGAAGCUACCACGUCAUUUUUUGCAUCUAGGCCAAAUUAGUAAACAUAAGUUUCAUUAUAAAUUUUAUUUUAAAUCGCUUGAUUUCAAACUAAUAAAAUUCAAAUUUUUUGUGCAGGAUUGCCUAUUUUUACGUUUUAACCAAUUUUACUGAGCCAAUUUUUAGAAUAAAAUGUGUUCGUUUCCUAACCUAAAAUAAUCUUUGCCUUAAAUUUUCAAGAUUAAGUUCUUUUGAAUUUUUAGAGGCCAAAUAGUAAAAUAUUAGGAAAAAACAAUAUUUUGUUAGACAUUUAUUCAAACAGUUCCGGCAACUAACGUAAAACAAAAAUGACAUGUUUUGAAUGAGUUUCAUAUUCCAUUUCAAUUUAUAAACGGCAAUAGGUUUGGCAAUGGUGUAUACCCAUUUUAAAGAGGCAUCAACUUUAAAUAAACAGAAAUACACUACAGUUCAUUGUAUUGUAUAUUGCUGGUUGCACAUUUUUUAAGUAUUAUAUAUUUCUAUGGAAUUCAUAAAGAAUACUUUUGCGUACUAAGGGUUAACCGAAAGUAUAAUCAUAUAACGUGCGUAUUUUCUGCGAGCCCACACCGCCUGUCAUCCGCACCAAAGUAUCCUAAAUCAACACACUUCGCUUCCCUGGACUGUUCACACUUUAUAUAUGAAUGUGACAUAGCAGCAGUUUUAAGCUAGUAAAUAUUUCUCUAUAAAAUCAUCAUUAUGCUUCAUAGCUUUUCACACUGUAAAUUACGGUAUGCGCCUGCCGACGUUGGCAACCCGGGUAUGGUGGUUAACUACAUGCGGACAAGUGCUUACAAGGACAUUAGAUUAGAGAAACGAUUCAACUAUUUAAAUUGAAAAUAGAUUGCUAGUAAUGAUAUUUAAGGGGCGCACUUAAAAGGUUAUAAAAGUCAAAUUUAUGGAAUUAUUUAUUAAAAUGAUGGAUCAUGAUAUCAUUGUUAAUUAUACAAAAAGCUUCAGCAUUGUCUUUUACAUAAAAUUUGAUGACUAAAGUCCAGGAUUCUUUUGACAGGUAAUAAGUUAGGGAUAUUAAAUCUGGGAAAACUUUAUUUUAGUACAUUUUCUCUCAUAUAACUGUUUUAUGGAAUAGUGAUUUUAAUUGCAUUAUUUUUAAAUUUACGAUAUUAGAUUUUUCAUUGGUUCGUCGAGGAUCGGAGUCUCCAGGCUGUACUUUUUUCUUCCGGAUACAUUUUGAUUUAUUCCGUUCUUGAGUUCCUUGACCCCGACGUAAUCUGGUGAUGUCUAAGAUACGAUUAAGUGUUUUAAAAUGAUUCUUCUAUGAUGACAAAUUAUGCAGUUAAAAUAUAUUCACCAAUAACACAUUUACUAUCAACUAUUAGAUAUAACUUGGUAUAGAAAAGAUAGCAACAAUCAGUUAUGUAGUAACAUUCAGGGAUUGACACAAUAAAUACAAAUCAUUAAUAAUUUAACAUUUGCUUGAUUGAAACAGAAGAUGUGCUUUGUUGAGAUUUAGAUACCUUUUGCCUCUGCGGGGAUCAGUGGCAUAUCUAGGUUUGAUGUCACCAGGUGCAAUUAAUUCUUGGUGUAAACCACCCCACCCCCCGAAGCUUCCAUGAUGGAUUUCGUCUUGUUAAAAUAAGCCAACAUUACAACAAUGACAAGAAUAAAAAACACAAAAAAUCGAAUGUUAUGAGGUCAAUGUAUUAAUAAACUGUUACAAUUUUAAGUUAAUUUGUUUUAACAUUAAAUUUACGUCAUUUAAAAUUUCCCUUUCCUUGUCUUAAAAGCUACAAACCUAUCCAUGACUUGAUCAAUUUCAAUGAACUUCACUGUAUAAAUUUUAAUUGAUAGCAGAGCCCCAUUAGAAAGCCUAGGUGGAUAAAAAAUAUUUCUUGAUUAGCCUUAGUUUUGAAAAGCUCCGCUCACAUGAAGGUCAUACACAGAUGUCGUAAGAAAAAAAUAAAGGCUUAGCUAAGUAUUAGAAGAGAUUCUAACCAGUUACAAAUUUGGAUUUUGUUUCUGUAAUAUUAGCAACACAUAAUCUCCAGUAAAAACAAUACAAUUUCUGACUGACGAGUGAAUAAACUAUCCACAACCGCAGUAUUUUCUCGGCAUUUUGCAUAAACCCGUAGAUCUAUUAUUUUGAUAGUUUGCACAACCUCCAUUAGAAUUUGCAUUUUGCCUUGUCACUACGCUGAAUAGUCCGUCCUUGUUCUGAAACAAGGUGCUCCAUCAUAUAUAUAUAUAUAUGUUACCGGAAAUUUGUAAAAUGCAGGCAUUGCAUAGAAUGCCUAGGCAUUAAAUAGAAUGAAUUGCAGUUUUAGGCAAAGUAUAAACUAUUUUAUUUUCGUGAUUAAGUUACAUACAUUGCCUAGGCAUUUUAUACAUUGCCUAGAUAAUAUAUAUCAUGACAAAUAUUUUUCAAGCAAAGUUUUAAAAGAGCGUAAUGAAAACGUUUUUGUUGGAAAAAACAUAUUUGAAAACGAAAGAUAACAAUGAAACCGGAGACCCAAGGUGGCAUCGAGCCAAUUGUUGCAGCAAGUAAGGCUGGAGUGCCAUUUUGAAUGGCACUUAAUUUCCUUUUUUUUUCAAACAAAGAAACUUCAUGUUUUUGCACCUUAUCUUGCGCAUACACCUCUCGUAUCUUUGAGCGCUUCCUGUUGACAGAGAAAUAGGAGCAGAUUGGAGGGGUAUUUCAUGGGCAGGGACGUCUUCAACUCUCAAUAAAUCUUUUGGACUCACAGUGAAAUGUGAUCUCGAAUACAAUAAUUUUUCAAUAUUCCUUGUGGAGUUCCAAGUCGGUAAAAGCCGUCUUCUGUCUCCGUCAUAACAACUGCCAACAGAUUGCGCGAUCCAACCCGUCCCUUGUCAACGUCAGGAAUAGGAACUCACACAGUCACUCCUAAAGGUGCAGGAGGGAUUUUUUUGCCAGAGUUUAUUUUCAUUUUUUGGUCUGUAAUUUAAGGUUUGAUUUAAUUUUUUUUCUAGCCUCUACAGCUAUCUUCAUCUUGAAACACAAGCUGCACAAAAUACCAAUACCAUAACCUUCUAUUUCCUCGUCUCCAUUGUCUUAAGCAGCGUCCCCACAGAUAACAUUAACAUUACUGUAACCGUUUCGGCAUGUUUGGACACCCAUGCUUUCUUUUAAGCAGACACAAAAAACACCAGAUUUUGAAGGCUCGUCGGUAACCAUGACGUCACAAUCAGUUUGGUCUCCCUCCCAUUAUUGGUUAUAUUCUCUUCAGUAUUCUGUGUAGUAGUCUCAGUAUUUUGCAACUGAUGAUUUGCUUCUUCCUGCUAUUUUAAUUGUAUUCUCUAUAUUAUUUUUUCGAGUUCUUCUUCAAUCUGUAUGUUUUGCAAUACCUCAAGGGGUAAGGAAGACUUGCGAGGCCCACUUUAGCUUUGCAUCCAAACAGAGCUUAACAAGGCGAUCUCUUAAUCCAAGAAUGAAAGGCCCUGCUCUUCAUAAGUUAGAUCCUUCAUCCCAGUGGUCCGUUUUUUCAUCUUGCAUCAAGGCACAUAGCAUGUUUUCGAUAUCUUGAUUAGCUUUUUCAACACUGCCCUGGCUGUGUGAGUCGCGCGGUUUAUCAUGCACGAUUUAAACUUUGGCAAGUACUUCUUUGGGCUGUUCACCACAUUGUUGGUAACUUCACGGCCAUUAUCGGACUGUAGAAUUGAUUAAGCUCCAAGCAAAGUAAAUAUUUCCACAAGUUUGUAGGCUGCCUCUUCCGCCCUCUUUGAUGUAAGAGCCUUUUGAACCACAAACUUUGUGAGAUGAUCUUGCUACACCAUUAUAAAUUUAUAUUCCCUGUCAGGAUUGGACUGAAAAUCGAUAAGUUCGACCUGACCAUGGAAGUUGAAUUCAGAAAAAAUCAUAGGCUUCACCACAACACCCUUUUUGACACGUUUGUAUCUUCUGGAACGGCUCACAAAGAUGGAGGCAAAGAUCAUUAUCAUUUUGUGUAAUGUUUUUAAACUUGAAUGAAAGUUCUUUCAACAUGCUGGCACUUCCUCCAUGUCCCAUGGCCCAAUAAGCUUCGUGAAGUACGUCAAAUAUUUCAGAAUCAGUGACAUAGAAUUGAAUAGCACUGUCGCCUUCUUUAACAUGACCGAUUAACUUACUUUUGUUCUCUACCGCCAUUAUAUCAUAGCAUUUCAGCAGCCAAUAGUCUCGUGGUUUUUUUCUGAGGUGUCAUCCAAGCCAUUUUCACAUCAUCCACCAAUUUUUGGUAACUAAUUUCCUUUAGAGAAGCAGUAUUGGCUCGUAAUUGAGAAAGAUCAUCGUAGAAUCGCCGUUGCAUGAUUCCUGAUCUGAAGCUACAAUCUUAUCUUCCAAAAUCUCAGCAGCCAUCUUGAAACAAUAGGGGUAGCGUCUUUGGCGGGAGUAGGGAGCACUUGUCUCACGAUCACCACGCCAACACCAAGCAAAGAAUCAAACAUAAAUGUCGGGAAGUUUUAUACAUUGCCGGGUCGCUCUUCGGUAAUCUAUAGAAUGCCUAGGAAAUGUGUGAAAUUUAAAACAUUUCAUACUUUGCCUACAAUUUUCAGGCAUUAUAUAUAAUUCCUAGGCAUUCUGUAUUUAUUCCACUUAGUUUUUACAUGGAUUGAUGGAUCUUGAACAAAAUUGGCACAUAUAUCCAUCAUUAUUCGGUAGGAACUCAAAAGGGGAUAUGAACUUUUUUAUUACAUUCUGUUUUGGACCUUGGGGCCCAAAAUGUAGUUUUUUUCCUAUAUGAGCUAUAUAAAAUUAAUUAGAAACAAAUACUCCUAAGGGAAUGGAUGGAACUUGACCAAACUUAGAACACAUACGCUUUAUUAUCCGUAAUCAAAUACCGAAUGGUACUUAACACAUAAUAUCCAUUCGUAGGGGUCCGGGGGCCCCAUUUAAUUUGUUCUUAUUUUUGCUAUAUAAAUAUCAAUAGGCUUAAUACUUCUACAUGAAUGGAUGGAUCUUGUAGAAACUUAUUACACUUGCACUUAAUUAUUCAUUUUCAAUUAAGGAUGGGUACUGAACUCGUAACAUCCAUUUCUCGGGGGCCGGGGCCCCAGUUCAUUUUUCCUUAUAAAAGCUAUAUGAAUAUCAUUAGAGCUAGCCAACUACUUUGGUCCUAUGUGAAUCGAUAGACCUAGGCCUAGCUUUGUGCAUUACCCUUCUUAGUCCGUAUUGAAAUAUCGGUGGAUGUAAAACUAAAUAUAUCAAACCUAGAUUUUUCCAGAAAAUUCGAUAGUUUUACAAAUCUGUAUCUAAGGCAUUUGUAAAUGCAUUUGAAUGGGACAAAUUUAAAUUUAACUUCAUAACUUAUCUAAAUGCUUUUUAUAGGGCCCCAUCUCAGGCAAAUUCGGUACAAUUAUGGAAUCGCCCCCUCCCCCCCCCCCGGGCCACUCUUUCAACUUGAAUGUACGAGAUGUAUAGUUUUACAUUUGGUUGUAUACUUUUUCGUAUUUGAAAAGUAAUUACUUAGAAAAGACAUUUUUACACGUUUCAAGGAGGCUAUUUCAUUUAAACUGGAAUGUAACAGAAAUUUCUAUAGCGAUAAUUUAAAAAAAGCUUGAUCUAUGGCAUUUUUUUAAAACCGAUUUUAAAGCGACAAAUUUUAAAUUUAAACUCUAUAAUUUAUCUGAAUGAUUUUUAAGCCUCCUCUUCCCCCCUCCAUCUCAGACAUAACUAAAAUGUACUUUAUUAAUCCGGGGCCCCUUUUUUAAAGUUAAAUGUACUAUAGUUAUAGUAGUGCAAAUUAGUUGUAUAAUAUUUCUUUUUUGAAAAAUAAUUACUUAGAAAAAUAGUUUUCUAUAGGUUUCAUGGAGAAUUUUAAAAUUAAGUCUAGAAUCUUUCAGAGGGCUCUAUAUUCUUCAAAGGGGUUAUAUAACGUGAUCUAAAAGCUAAUUCGAACAGAAUCGCACUGAGCAUGAUCGCAUAGAGGAAUUAGAUCGUAAUGGGGAGCGAGAUCCAUUAGUAUACUGGAACCCAUCGGUAACGCGAUUUCAUCGGUUAUCUGGAUCAAACCAGGAUCGGGAUCCUAUCGGAAAACGGGAUAAAAUUGGAAAAGGGGUUCCCUAGGGAGAUGGGAUCCCAUAGAGAACGAUACCCGAAUGGUAUCGGUAGCCCAUCGGGAUCCCACUGGGUUAAGACACCGAAGGGAUCGGAAUCACACCGAACUUUUUAUAACAUUUCGUUUGGGGACCGGGUGGCCCCGAAUUCGUUUUUUUCCUUAUAUGAGAUUUAUAAAUAAAAUUAACAACAAAUACUUCUACAUGAUUCGAUGGAUCUUGACCAAACUUAGUACACAUAUACUGUAUUAUCCAUAUUCAAAUAAAAAAAAAGGGUACAGAACUCAUAAUAUCCAUUUUUCUGGGCCGAAGGCACCAGUUCAUGUUUUCCUUAUAUAACCUAUAUAAAUAUCAGCAGGGCUGGACAACAAUAUAGGUUGUAUGUGAAUUUAUGGAUCUAAGCCUAGCUUUGUUCAUUACUCUUCUUAGUCCGUAGUGAAAUAUCGGUGGAUUUAAACAUAAUAGUAUCCAAUCUAGAAUUUUCCAGAAAGUUUGUUAAUGUUAAGAAGCUAUAUCUAUGUCAUUUUUAAAUUGAUUUUAAUGGGAAAAAAAAAUAAAUUUUAAUUCUUUAAUUAUUUGAAUGAUUUUUUUACCGUCCCCGCUCUUCAGACAUAUUAAAAAUGUACAUUAUCAAAUGGGCCCACACCGUGGCCCCUAUUUUAAUUGAACUGUACUAUAGUUAUAGUUGUGAAAAUGUAGAAUCUUCCAGAAAGUUGUAUAUUGUUCUAAGGGGUUAUAAAACUUGAUCUAAAAGUUAAUUCCAACAGAAUCGAACUAAGCAUGAUCCCAUAGAGAAAUAAGAUGCUAAUGGGGAGCGAGAUCCAUUAGUAUACUGGAACCCAUCGGUAACGCGAUUCCAUCUGGUAACAGGACAAAGCCGGGAUUGGGAUCCUAUCUGGAAUCGAGAUAAAAUGGAAAAGAGGGUCCAUAGAUGAAACGGGAUCCCAUAGAGAAUGGUAUCCUAAUGAAAUCGACAGCCCAUCGGGAUCCAACAAGAUCGGGAUCCCAUCGGAAUCGAGAUACCGACCGGAUCGGGAUCCCACUGGGAUAUGGAUCCCCCUGGAUCCGGAGCCACAAGAAAAUGGGAUCCCACCGGGAUCACACCGGGAAACGGGAUUACGUCAGGAUCGGAGUAAAAAAGGAAUCGGGGUCCCAUUGGGAUAGGGGUCCCACCAGGAUCGGGGUUCUAAUGCAACCCCGGGCUACGAUGGGUAUAUAUGCUAGUAUUUUAAUAAUUGAAGACCGAAAAUAAUCUGGUACUGGUACAUUCCAGAGAUGAACAUCUGAUAAAAUGAGCCAGUUUUUGUCAUUAACCAUUACGCUUUUCUCUGCUGACAGCCACUUGGUCGUGUAGAUUAGUGCACGCUGUGUGGCAUGAUAUAAUAAUCUUGAACAGUAAAAAUGCUUAAAUUUUGUCAUGUUCAAGACAACAAACAAACAAAUUACUGACGACAGUUCAAAAACAACAGUCAGAGCCCUGCCUAAAUACAACAGAGAAAGCUAGGAGGUAAAACCCAGCAGUCGAAAUAUGACAAUCGUGCACAAAUGGUAAAGGGCGAUACUAGUGACGAAUGUGGGAAAAUAUUAUUUUUUGAGUAAUUCUGGGUUUCGAUAUAUAAUAUUGCAUAUGUAUUUAAUAAACUCUUCUUUUUUUAAAUUUUAAAUAAAUAAUAGAGAAUUAAUCAUGAAAAAAUUGAAAAUUGUGAUAAAUGAUAUAUAUUUUUUAAACCUAUAAAAGGCUAAAAAUGUAUUUUUGAUGUUUUUACUGAUUCUUAAACUUAGAAUCACCCAACUACACAAUAUUUGUUAUCAAUGGAAAACCCAAAUUUCUCAGAAUUUAGAUAAAUAUAGCCUCCUGUCACUUACGGAAGUUACCGAACACUUCAAUCGUCAUGGAACAAUGACUAUUUUUUCUGAACUAAACAUAUGUUCAUCUCAUUUCUGACGCAUCAAUCAUAAACUUUUAAUAAAGCACACAUUUGUAAUGGUUACAGAUGUGAAAAAUGUACGUGUGAUCGAUUAUCCUUUUAUGAAUUUCGGUGAGAGUAUCACCCAUAAAAUGGAUUUCACCCGGUGCAGUCCGUGCCCCCUCCCACAACCCCCUCGCUACGCCACUGGUGGGGAUUCAGCAUGUCUUAUAUUUUAAAAAGUUAUAUUUUUAGAUUUUAGUCUUUUCAUCUGUCGCUCUGCAACAACGAGGAACAAGGAUGAUAAAAAUUAUUGAAGCGAAUCGGUGCUGUCUCACAAUGAUAACAGGGGAAAAUUGCACUUGGGUCAAGAAAUUAUGCUUUUAAUCGUGGUGCACUGGGGCACGUUAUGGUCCUAACAGUAAUGUGAAAGCUUCACAUUUGUAAAAUAUAUUUUAUUCCCAGACUCGGUGUGUCAAAGAGAUAAGUUCACGUACGGCCGUGAUUGUGAACACAUCUGUAACUGUGCUGUAGAAGGUGAAAAGUGUUUUGUUAGUACAGGAAACUGUCCAUCUGGAUGUAAGGCUGGAUUUUA